UCCUGGAUCUCUUCUGCAACUCCUCGCUCGACCUCACUAGCUAUUCGCUCUCUCUCGCUCUGUCGGCCCUGGCUAACGGCGAACACUUCCUUCUUGACCUUGGUCCGACUAGCACCUGGGAUCUAUACCUGGAUCAUGACUACAAUCGAGGUGGACAAGGUUGAGGGCCUACUCCUUGAAGACGGCGAUGACUACAUUCCUGAGACAGAAGCUGCUGGCACUGAAAGUCCACAGGAAACUCAACGGCCGACACGGACCUAGGAGGUCCCUGAGCAGAGAGAAGAUCCCUUCGAAAUGGACCCAGGAGAGCUUCGUGCCCGCAAGGACCGCUUCCGGAUCAUAGUCACUAUCUUCGUUACCGAGCUCAGAGCCCUAGCCGCUUCCCACCUAGCCUCCCCUCCCGAGAGCUGGGACACGGACGGUGCAUUAAAUAAGAGAUUCGCCUGGUUCCUGUGUGGCACCCUCCCGGAGGUCCUGGUCGACGUUAUCUGCUCUACUGUUACAGAUGCCACACAAUUCGUUAUAGGCAAAGAUCGACAGGGAAAUCCCCUACGAGCUGCACACUUUCGCUUUCUCCCUCGUGUCUCCCGCCAGGACAGUCAAUGGGGGGCUUACUUCGACAGCCUGGUCAACAAAAUCACUGGGGAGUGGAUGCUCUAUGGCGGAAGUGCAGUCGGCCGUCGUGGCUUGAUCGGUCGAGAGUUAGUCUACCUCCUACACUCUGACACUAACGGUCGCCACCCAAAACUCCUCGCUGAUCCUAACUGGGAUCCCUGGAUCUGUAUUUCCGCCGACUUCUCAGCCCUAGCCGGUCUUCAUGCCGCCUACGUCCGUGUCGUCGAAGAUUUCCUAAUGACUGCCAGCCCUGCCCUGAGCACUGAAGGUCCAACAUUCAGAUGGAUGACUAGACAGGCUAAGGAAUUCACCAAUUUAGUCCGCCAGAAGAUGGGGCUGACUCUGCUCCCGGAGGAGGCAUCCGACUGUGCGGCACUUGCCACUCUUACUUCCGGAAGCAUGGUUCUCCAUCAAGAGAAUCUGGGCAUCCCCUCUACUAUCCAAGCCGACAGCCCAGGCUCAACGAGAACUCUAGCAACCAGUGACGGUGGCAACUCCUCGGGCUUAGGCUCUUCCAGCACCAAUACCUCCGUCACCAUACUCACUUGGCCACAGCCGAGUUCAGGUUCAAGCUCCGGCAAGCGAAAGGCUAGAUCGCUAACUCCUGGAGAUGAUGACCCGCUCGAGGCAGAGGGGCUAGACCAGGCAGCCUCCGCGCGCAGAGUAAGCAAGCGCAGGACCCGGUCGCUGUUAGCUCCCUGGACCUACUUCGAACAGGCGGACGACAGGGUGAACAAUGACAGUAUUGAUGAGGAUUCUGACUACGUCCCCGAAGAGGAUAACAUCGGAGACGAUCGCGCUGAGCAUAAUGGGGUCGAUGAGGAUGAGGACGAUGAGGAUGAGGACGAUGAGGAUGAGGACGAUGAGGAUGAGGACGAUGAGGAUGAGGACGAUGAGGAUGAGGGCGAGAACGAAGGCGAUGACGACAGCGACUCCGACCUCAAUUGGUCCUACGUCCCUCGACCAACUCGAAGUCGUCGCCACUGAAGCUACAGCACCUCUAGGGAGCCAGCUGUGGGGUGGGGUGUGUCUGGCCUUCAUGGCAUCUGUUAUUCAAGUAUUGAGAUAUCUGGCGACUUUAAUUCGUCCACGAGUGAUAGUCUAGCCCCUAGGCCAUUUAAGGCAAGUUGCAGAUAUUUGAUCAAUA